UAUUGAAAUAUGACAUUUUAAUCUAAUACUGACUUUUUAGGAUGUUUUUAUGACGUCACGAAUCGCGGUUUUUUAGCUAUUCCUGUGUUCACGUGCUUCAUAAUGUAUUGACAUUUGGGGUCCUCCCAGCCACAAGGGGGCGCUGUCCGCGUAGUGACGCGAUCCUCUGCAGAUGCUACGUCACCACAUUUCACCGAAAGAGAUGACCCUCCAACUCUAAAAAAAAAAAAAAAAAAAAUCCUCCCCAGGAGCGGUUUUCUUUCGAUGAAACAUGAAAGACGGGGUUCUCCUUCUUACACCUUGUGUGGUUCUCCUGCUCCUCCUGAGCUCCUGUGAGGCAGCGAGACAAGGACAGGAUAUCCGAUGUGGAGCCUGCAGGGCUCUGGUGGACGAGAUGGAGUGGGCCAUCUCCCAAGUUGACCCGAAAAAAAUGAUUCAAACCGGCUCCUUCAGAAUCAACCCAGACGGCACUCAGUCCAUCAGGGAGGUUCCUCUUUCACGCUCCGAGGGAAACCUCCUGGAGCUGAUGGAGAACGUGUGCGAGAGGAUGCAGGACUACGGCGAGCACACCGAAGCUGCCACUAACAGGAAGUCCUACAUGAGGGUCAGCUCUCGUAGCGGCGAGGCCAUGGAUCUCUCUCAGGCCACGUUGGACUCCAGAGUCACCAGCAGUCUGAAGUUUGCAUGUGAGACAAUCGUUGAGCAGUACGAAGACGAACUCAUCGAAUUCUUCUCUCAUGAGACCGAAAAUGUCAAAGACAAACUCUGCAGCAAGAGGACGGACCUCUGCGACCACGCUCUGAAAAUCCCACAUGAUGAACUUUGACACCGUGUCGCCAUGGCGGCCCUCAGCUGAUAACGGCCGGUUCACGCCAUGGCAGUGGCGGCGUGGGUGGAAGAUCAUAUCAAUUAAGAAAAUCCUAAUCAUUU